AUGUCGGACGGAACCAUCGCAUCGGCCGUUGCACUUCCCGAACAGGAAGAACGUCCGGAUAGCAGGCUAAAGCGCCGCCAGUCCCUGGCUGAUGACAAUAAGAACAAGCGUCGCCGGUUGAGCGAUAACCUCAGCCAGCCUGAAUCCGGGGAGAACAAACCAUCCUCCCUCGCAGCCACUACAUCUGAGACCAUCAACAAUGCCACAGACCAAAGGGAAUCCCGACGGAAAAAUGGUGCAGCAGAGGAGCGCAAGCGUGGCCAAAGAUUGUUUGGCGCGCUGCUGGGUACACUCUCACAGAGCUCACCUACAGCAGCACAGAAACGUCGCGCCGAUAUCGAGAAGAAACAGCAGGCAAAGCUCCGUAUGCAAGAGGAAGAAUACAAUGAACUGACACGGAGGAAGCGAGAAGAUCUAUUGGCAAUGCGGAGGAAGCAGCAGAGAAUUUAUGAUGCGCAAUCAAUGCGUCUUCGACAUUCGAACCAGCUAGCUAUGGCCCAUUUCCUCAAAACAACAGCUGAACCGGUCCUCUACUAUAAGCCGUGGGAACUUCGACCUGAGGAGGAAGAUAAGAUUAAGAAGCAAAUCGAAGAUUGCAAAGUGGCCAUUGCAAGGGAGGUUGAGGAUUUUGAAGCUAAAAAUCCACCAUCGCCAUCUCGUCCUGUCCCAGAACGAGAUGAUGAUCAGGCAACCGCUGCAGAUGAAAUAAACUCAGUCGCCCUUCCAGGGACUUACACAAUUUCUGAUUCUCAGGACACAGUACAAAAGUUCGAUACGGUGGGUGCUGACACUAAUAGUAAUCACAACCCUCCUCAACUUGAACAUAAGGCUGAGCCAACCACCACUACUGAAAUUGAAUCCCUCAAACCUCCCCUUCCCCUAACUGCCCCGGCUACGUCUGAUCUUCCCACUGUUUCUGAUGCUACUAACGAAACCUCCACAUCUCCUUCUAAAACUCACAUUGAUCACCCAUCCACAGCUGACGCUAGCCACCAUCAGAAGUCAACUGAAGAUGACUCCGGGGAAGUCAUACUUGAAGAUAAGGAGGAUACUGUUAUAUAUUAG